AUGGUGCAGAAUCAUGAGGCUUCCUCUAAUUUGAAGCCGGUAAUGAUGAUGGUGGUUACCCAGAUUUUGUAUACUGUGAUGAACAUAAUGUACAAACUAGUUGCAGUAACAGGGAUGAACUUGAAUGUUUUCGUUGCCUACCGACUGAUGUUUUCAGCGGCGUUUAUGGUUCCACUGGCUCUGAUACUUGAGAGGAAGAGAAGGCCAAAACUUACUUGGGUUGUGUUGUUUCAAGCUUUUCUCUGCGGCCUAAUUGGGGCUGCCGCGACACAAAACUUAUAUGUUGUGAGUCUAGCGCUGACGUCACCCACAUUUCUUGCAGCCAUCUCCAAUCUCCUCCCAGCCAUUACCUUCGUGGUUGCUCUAUGUUUUCGGCAGGAGAAGUUGACCUUGGGAUAUUCCGGCAUAGCCAAAAUUGUUGGGACCGUGGUUGGGAUAGGAGGAGCAAUGCUUUUUACUUUCUACCGUGGACCUGUAUUUACCAUUUGGUCCACUCAUAUUGACCUUCUACGGCAAUAUCACAACACUAGUAGCGUCUCAUCCUCAGGCCACAAGAACAAUCCUGCGUUGGGCUUCCUGGCAGGCUUCGGCAGCAUCUUAUGCUUCGGAAUAUGGCUCACAGUUCAGGCGAAGAUGAGCAAGAGAUAUCCCUGUCCUUACUCGAGCACGGCUUUGAUGUGCAUCAUGGGAUCCAUCCAGUCCGUUAUUUUUGCGCUUUGCAUGGAGAGAGAUUGGAAUCAAUGGAAGAUGGGUUGGGAUAUUAGGUUGUGGACUGCUGCAUACUCGGGAAUCAUGGUUUCUGGAGUGGCAGUGGUUCUGAUGUCUUGGUGUGUACAAAAGCGAGGGGCACUUUUUGUGUCAAUUUUCGCUCCACUGGUACUGUUGAUGGUGGCCCUUGCUAGUUCCUUGUUGUUGGAGGAAAAAUCUAGCCUCGGAAGUGUAUUGGGAGGGGUUCUAAUUGUGUGCGGGCUAUACAUGGUGCUGUGGGGAAAAAGCAAAGAAGAACCAUCAUCACUCGUACUACCCUCAUCGACAAUAGCUCCCCGAAAUUCCAAGUCCAUAGAUAGCGUUCCAAUUCCAUUGAAUGUUGGAUGA